GCAUUGUUCUCUCCCCACAGCAAGAAGGGCUGGCUGCCCAGUUCAGCCACAUGAGUGUGGUGCGCCAGGCGUCCAGCGACGUCACUAACGGCGGCCCCCACCCUGCCAUGUACCCCUCGGGCCCUGUGGUGCUCCAGGCCCCCCUGCAGCACCAGCAGACUGGCUACAUGGUGGCCCCUCCAGGGCCCCCUGUGGUGGGGCCAACCCAGGCCUACCCCGGCCCUGCCCACCCUAUGAGCCAGCCGGUCAUGCAGCAGCAGCAGGGCUACAUGCCACAGCAGAUGCACACAUGUUACUGUGCUCAGCCCAGGACCCCCACUCCCCACUGCAGCCAGCACUAUCGCCCUGUCAGCCCCGUGCACUACACCAGCCCCCAGACCCAACCUCUUCCCCAGCAGCCAGGUUACCACGCUGUGAUGCCAAAUCAGCCCCAAGGCCCUCAGCAUCAGAACCUGGUGAACAACCAGCAGCACAGCAAUCUGGGAAAUCACAUGACGGCCUUCAUGGUCCAGUACCCUUCAAUGCCUUCUUAUCAGGUAUCAAUGCCCCAGGGGUCUCAGAACAUGCCUCCACAUCAGCAGGCAUGUCAACAGCCCAUGAUGAUCCAGAGCCAUCCAAGCCAAGCUCCCAUGGCCAUGUCAGGCAUGCAGGUUUACUACAGUGUCAUGCCCCCAAAUCAACACAGCACCAUGAGUCCAUCGAUGGGUUUCUUACCUCCUGCUGGGGCAGAGCAGAUGCAGUUUCCCCGGGCUUCGUCUCCGUGUGGAACCCAGCAGCUACCAGGACAGCAGUGCUCAGGUGUGCUCCCCGGUCCUCACAGUGGUGGUAUGGUGAUGAUGCAGCUGACCCUGCCCCCUAACCACCAGCCCAGAGCCCACUCCCCUCCACAGUGGAAACACAACAGAUACUACAGUCUGGAUCACACACGCAGCCAGAGGUCCUCAGAACAACUAAACAACUCGCAGAACACUCCCCAGCUGGGCGGCCCCAGCACGCCUCCAGCCCAGCCCCAAGCCCCAACCCACCAACUCACCUCCAUAAAGAACCUCCGCUCGGCCGGCCUCACCCCCAUCCCCAUAAUGGCCCAGUUCCCCAGACCCUUCGGACCAGGGCAGGCAGUGGACGGUAGAUACCCAUUGCUGGGUCAACCCCUCCAGUACAACCCUGCCAUCAGGCCUCCGCUGAUCCAUGGCACACACCACAUGAUCCCCAACCACCACCACGGCCCAAUGGGAAUCCGGCAUCAUGGGGGGCGAGGGAGGAGACCACCACCUAGGAAGUCAUUAUCAUCAGAUCUUAGUGUAGGUGACCCAGGUAAUAGAGAGGAGA